AUGCCAUCACCGGCAGCUUUGCCAUGUCCUGAAAUCUACCACUCAAACGAAAAUCCAUCAGAUGAGGCGCUGCCAACUUUCGAGCCCGAAUGCACACCUCGGAAAAGACGAAAAAUCAUGGCGGACCUCAAUGUGACUACCAGUAAUCAAGCUGCAACAAGGCGUCAGGUCAAUCCUAUGACAGAUAAAAAGACGGGUCCAUCGGACCCCGAAAUGCAUGAACUCGACCUAAAAUCAUCAGGAGGCACCAAAGCCCUCGCUCGUGUCGCCCUCGAAUCUGGUGUCGAUCGCAGACGACCCUACAAUCUCUCCAGUGAGUUCAAGAACUUGACCAACAUCGUAGGUCUCAAGCUCUUUUCCAUGUUUAGCAAGGAGCAAAACGUCUGUUUGUCUCCCUAUGGGUUGUCUUUCUUAGUUGCUGUCCUGGACCCUGCUUCCACCAAGACAGAGGGUGCUCUCAAAGAAGUUCUGAGGUACGGCGGAUUGGCUUCUAGAACGAAGACGCCAUUGGCUCAAUCCUGUAUCGAGGUCGUGUCCACGUUAAGGCGACGGGUUUGUGCUACGGACGACGUUAACGUCAAAACGGGCGUCUACCUCCGCAACUCGGGUCCUGCGGCUGCCGGAAGGACGUUUUCGAAGAACAUCACUCGCCACGUGCUUAGUGCGGAGUUUAAAAUCGCCUUCCAGGGUUGCUCACGCAGUGCAUGGUGCGACGUGCUCUUCAACACAGCUCGCUUCGCAAAUUCGUGGAGCUGUCCGUUCAGCAAGCAGUCCACUUAUUCUGGUACGUUCUUCAACAAUUGGACAGACAAGGUACCCGUGCAAAUGAUGCGGAGGACGGCUGUCCUUCCGUACGCUUUUAUCGGAGCCUCGAACACCGACAUCGUUGUCUUACCCUUCGACGACGGUGCCCUUUCUAUGGUCGUGUUCUCCCAGAGGACGCCAUCGAAUCCCUUCUUAUUAACGCCCGAAACUCUGUCCACUCUGUCCCGAAGUUUGAGAAACGCUCUGGUAACCGUGCACUUGCCCAAGUUCGAGCUGUCGAGCUCCCUAGACCUCACGACCCGGAUGAACGAAGUGUUUUCGCAGUGCAACGAAACGAGCAGGGUAGAGUUCAGCCACGUGCACCAGAGCGCGUGCAUCGCCGUGUCCGAGGGCGAAGAACCGCGCUUGUCGGUCGACCACAGCUUCCGCCACUCGGACAAGUCGGUGACGGUCACGUUCGACCGGCCCUUCAGCAUCGUCGUGUGUGAGCGUGACUCGGGACUCGUGCUGUACCUAGGCAAGGUGGCUUCACUUAACGCCACUGUAACGUAG